ACGUGCACGGCCAACUUUAGUAAAUUUGUUUAAACGAAAUUGUUUUUUAUAAAUUUAAACAAUUAUGAGUGACAAUGAAAGUGACGGACCGACAAAGCAGAGCACGGAGCCAGUGGACAACGCAUGGUCGUUGAAAAUACCCACAUUCAAGGCAGAGGACAAUCCACAUGGCCUGGUCGAGGAGAGCUCCUUUGCCACGCUCUUCCCCAAAUACCGCGAGAAAUAUUUGAAGGAAGUGUGGCCCCUGGUACAGCAGUGCGUGGCAGAGCAUCAUCUGAAGGCCGAACUGGAUCUGGUGGAGGGCAGCAUGGUGGUGAAGACGACACGCAAAACAUGGGAUCCCUACAUCAUCAUUAAAUCCCGGGACAUGAUCAAACUGAUGGCACGCAGUGUGCCCUUCGAGCAGGCGAAACGUGUGCUCCAAGACGACAUUGGAUGCGACAUCAUUAAAAUUGGCAAUCUGGUACACAAAAAGGAGAAAUUUGUAAAGCGUCGACAGCGCCUAAUUGGCCCCAAUGGCGCCACGCUCAAGUCCAUCGAGCUGCUUACCGAUUGCUAUGUCCUGGUGCAGGGCAAUACGGUCUCAGCGCUGGGCCCGUACAAGGGUCUGCAGCAGGUGCGCGACAUUGUGCUGGAGACCAUGAACAAUGUGCAUCCCAUUUACAAUAUAAAAGCUCUGAUGAUCAAACGCGAACUGAUGAAAGAUCCGAAGUUGGCCAACGAGGAUUGGUCGCGGUUUCUGCCCAAGUUUAAGAACAAGAACAUAAGCAAACGCAAGCAGCCCAAGAAUAAGAAACCCAAAAAGGAGUACACACCCUUCCCCCCGGCACAGCCGGAGAGCAAGAUUGACAAGCAGCUGGCCACAGGUGAAUACUUCCUCAACAAGGAGCAGAAGCAGGCCAAGAAACAGCAGGAGCGCAGUGUCAAACAGGCGGAGGCAGCCAAGAAGCAGGACGAGCGCCGCAACAAGGACUUUGUGCCGCCAACAGAAGAUGCGCCAAGCCAGAGCCGCAAGCGUCCGGCCGAAACCAGCAAAGUCGAUGUCGAUGCGUUGAAAGCAAAGCUAAUAAAAGCAAAUAAAAAGAACAGAAGUUGAUCUGUUUAAGGCGCCUUAACUUAGUUUAUAAGUUGAAUCAAUUCUUUGCGUACAAUAAAAUU